AUGGCAGAGAAAAAAUACAUUCUGGGCAUGGAUAUUGGCACGACGUCUGUGAAAGUGUGCGUUUUCGAUCCGGAGACGAAGGAUAUCGUGGCCAAACAAAGUAAAGAUACAGCGGCGAACAUCCCCAGCGACCAAGGCAUCGAGGGAAACAAGCAAGAUGUACCGAAAAUAGUAUCAGCUGUUCAUUAUUGCGUUUCGCGGCUGCCCCGAGAUAUAUUGCGGCAUGUGAUAAAGAUUGGCGUAUGCGGACAGAUGCACGGUGUUGUUUUGUGGAAGAAUGGGGCAUGGGAAAAGAUUGAGAAAGACGGAGUUAUAAAUCGUUUUGAAGCAAUACGAGAGAACAUGUCAGCUCUCUACACAUGGCAAGAUGUCCGAUGUAAACCAGACUUUUUGGACUCCUUACCCGAGCCAGACUCACAUCUCAAAUGUUAUUCCGGGUAUGGUUGUGCAACAUUAUUAUGGAUGCUUAAAUAUAAACCAGAAAAACUAAAGAAUUUCAACUGCUCGGCUACAGUACAAGAUUUUGUUGUAUCUAUGCUUUGUGAUCUAGAAUCACCAAUUAUGUCAGAUCAAAAUGCUGCAAGCUGGGGCUAUUUCAACACAGAAAAAAACGAAUGGAACAUUGAUAUAUUAAAUAACCUUGAUUUUCCUGUUAAACUACUCCCAAGUGUAAGAAAAAGUGGGGUAAUAGCUGGAUGUUUGAACAGUUCAUGGAAUGGUAUUCCCGAAGGAACACCUGUAGGUGUUGCAAUGGGAGAUUUGCAGUGUUCAAUCUUAGCAACGCUAGAGACUAGAAAUGAUGCAGUAUUGAACAUAUCCACAUCAGCACAACUCGCAUUUGUGGUUGAUGGCAUAUCAGAUGUGGGCUGUAAAACUGUAGAACAUCUACCUUAUUUCAACAACACUUAUUUACUUGUGGCUGCUUCACUUAACGGGGGAAAUGUUUUGGCCACAUUUGUAAAAAUGUUACAACAGUGGAUGCUGGAAUUUGGAUGUCCUGUCCCUCAAUCUAAACUAUGGGAGAAAUUAAUAGCUUUAGGUCUGGAAGCCCCAGCUGCCACGACAUUGAAGAUAUCUCCACUAUUGCUGGGUGAAAGACAUUCACCAACAGCUAGAGCAUAUGUUGAGAACAUAGAUCUGUCAAAUAUACAACUCGGUCAUGUCUUUCGAUCAUUAUGUGAUAGUCUUAUAGAAAAUAUACAUUUUAUGAUGCCAAAAGAAAUAUUACGAGACGGAAAUAUAAAGAGGAUAGUUGGCAAUGGGUCUGGUUUAUCGAGAAAUAAGGUUCUGCAAAGAGCCGUGGAGCAUUAUUAUAGUUUACCGCUUGAAUUUACGUGUGGUGGUGAUGCUGCUAAGGGGGCCGCUAUUGCUGUUAUUAAUAGUCAAUGA